AUGAACCCCGGGUACCCCCCGGAGGCUCCCCCGGAGCCCCCCAAGCCCCCUCCGGGCUCGGCCGCCUCCUCCCCGCUGCCCUACGGUUACUUCGGCAGCGGCUUCUACUCGUGCCGGGUGUCCCGGGGCUCCCUGAAACCCUCCCCGGCCCCGGGAGCCUUUCCCGGGGACAAAUUCCUGGAGCCCUCCGCGACCACCGAGGAUUUCCAGAACCGCCCGGCCGAGUUCGCCUUCUACCCGGGUUACGGUGGCCACUACCCGCCCGUGGCUGGCUACCUGGACGUGUCGGUGGUGCCGGCGCUGGGCGAGCCCCGCCACGAGGCGCUGCUGCCCGUGGACGGGGGCUUCGCGCAGCCCUGGGCGCUGGGAGGGGGCUGGAGCCCCCCGAUGUGCUGCCCCAAGGAGCAGGGCCAGCCCGGCUUCCUGCUCAAAUCCGCCUUCGCAGAGCCCGGGCCGUGUCCCCAGGAGGGCUGCGCCUUCCGGCGGGGCCGCAAGAAGCGGGUGCCCUACAGCAAGGGGCAGCUGCGGGAGCUGGAGCAGGAGUUCGCCAGCAGCAGAUUCAUCACCCGCGACCGGCGCAGGAAGAUCUCGGCCGCCACCAACCUGAGCGAGCGGCAGAUCACCAUCUGGUUCCAGAACCGCCGCGUCAAGGAGAAGAAGGUGGUGGCCAAAACCAAGAACGGCACCGGCGGCACGCCCUGAGCGGCCCGAGUUUGUCACCGGCACCGCGGGACCCCCGUUUGUCACCGGGACCCCCCGUUUGUCACCGGGACCCCGCGUUUGUCACCGGGACCGCGGGAUUCCCCCUUUGUCACCGGGACCCCGCGUUUGUCACCGAGAAUACCCUGUUUGUCAUUGGGACCGCGGGACCCCCCGUUUGUCACCGGGACCGCGGGACCCCCGUUGGUCACAGGGAGCCCCCCCGUUUGUCACCGGGAACACCCCCCCGUUUGUCACUGAGACUCCCCGUUUGUCACCAGGAACCCCUUUAACACCGGGACCCCACCCUUUGAUACCGAGACCCCCCUUUGAUACCGGGACCCCCCUUUGACACCAGGACUCCCUCGUUUGUCAUUGGGACCCCCCAUUUGUCACCGGGA